ACGUCGCUGUCAGAGCUCCGCUAGUAGGAAACUGGCCGGCGGUAUAGCGAGGAAGGAGCUGCGAGGCUGGGGCUUACAGACUUGGAAGAGAAACGCCGCGAACCCCGGCAAUGAGGACCGGCGAAACGCCGGAGGAGACGCUGUAAGCUGCCUUUCCCUGAGUCCCCCCUUUCUGGGCUCAGAGGGAAGGGGGGAGGCAGGUGGUCGGUCCAUUGGGCGGGGCGAGGAGCGGAACGGCGGAAAGCUCGCAACAGGAGAGGUCGCGGCUCGGCAGGGCCUGCAAGUGGGGCGCCGGACUGGGAAGUGACGAGCAGCUGGGCCGCAGGUGGAGAGGAUGUGAAAUUUGCGCCGGAGCCGCAUCGACGCAGGGCAGGCGCUUAGAUUCCACAUAAGGCAGAGGACACGCUUAGCACUGAGGUGCAGGCUUUCACGUCCAGCGAACAACCAUGGAAAAGAUGUCUACUGAGGAUGAUUCCACCACCGUCCCCUUAAGUCCCAGUACUGGUCGGCCCAUUUCUUCUCAAACUUCAGACGGACCAGGAUUUCGGGAUCCGCUACCACCUCCCGUCAAACCCAAACCCAAGGAUUUGCUAAAAGAAUCCGGCUCUGCGCACAUUUCUUCCCCAGGAAUGACGGAGACUCAAGCACCCCCUCCUUUGCCCAAGUCAGCCAUUUACGGUGACCCUGCCCUCAUGUCAACCACUCAACAGCACAAGAGGCUGGGUGAGAGCCUCCCACCAGCCAGCCCACAGUCCCCGAAACCCUUAUCGCCAGCCACCUGGCUCAAAGCACUUCCAGAGGAUGUCCACCAAAACGACAUGGCGGAAAGCGCACCGUCACCGGUGCCCGAGCACAGCCUACCGUCGGCAGGACCAGUCCCCUCUUUACUUCUGGGCAUGGGCUCUGGUUCCAUGUCCAGCCUAGGACCUCCUUUGCUCCCUUUUCGAAAGCAAGUGGCCCAGGACUCCAUGAGCUACCUUGAGUCAGCCAGCAUGAUCUCAGGAACACAGGAAUCGCUCGCGGGUUUUGGGGACGACGCCAGCUCCAUGGGCUCUGAUUCCGAAGUGAAUGGGAUGACAUUCCGGAAAACAGACAAAUACGGAUUUGUGGGAGGUGCACAGUUCUCUGAGGCCUGCGAGAGGGAGCUAAAUGUGCAAGUAGCUCGGGAGCGGGAGAGGAAAUGGCUGGAGAUGUUCAAAAACUGGAACAAAUGGAUUUCACGGCGGUUCCCUAAGGUGAAGCUACGCUGUCGAAAAGGCAUUCCUUCUUCCCUCCGGUCCCUGGCGUGGCAGCUGCUUUCCAACAGCAAGGAUUUGAUGGACCAAAACCGUGGCAAGUUUGAGGAACUGGAAAGGCAGCCAGGAGACCCCAAGUGGCUAGACAUCAUUGAGAAGGACCUCCACCGGCAAUUUCCAUUUCAUGAGAUGUUCUCUGCACGUGGUGGUCACGGACAACAGGACUUGUACCGAAUCUUAAAGGCGUACACCAUUUACCGACCGGACGAGGGUUACUGCCAGGCCCAGGCUCCAGUGGCAGCAGUACUGCUCAUGCACAUGCCAGCUGAGCAAGCCUUCUGGUGUUUGGUCCAGAUCUGCGAGAAGUACUUACCGGGAUACUACAGCGCCGGCCUGGAAGCAAUCCAGCUGGAUGGAGAAAUCUUCUUCUCAUUGCUCAGAAAGGUCUCACCCAUGGCAUACCGGCACCUGAAGAAGCACAAGAUCGACCCCAUCCUGUACAUGACCGAGUGGUUCAUGUGUGUCUUUUCACGGACCUUGCCUUGGGCGUCGGUGCUGCGAAUCUGGGACAUGUUCUUCUGUGAAGGAGUGAAGAUCAUAUUUCGGGUGGGCCUCGUCCUCCUGCGCCAGGUAUUGGGCUCGGUGGACAAGCUUCGUGACUGCCAAGGGAUGGAAUCGAGGUCAAAUCAACAAAGCUAUAAGACUUACCUUCAGGCAAAACGAGUCGAACUAAAAAGCAAGGUCGAGUUGGGUCGCAAUUUUCAGCCGAUUACCAUCCUUUACCCCUGA